CGGGAACGGCUAUUCGGUUUCACAUAAAUGCCUACGUAGAACUCCGCCAAGUCGUUAUCCCCACACUUUUCCUGGUUCUGUUCACGUCGUACUUUAUCGUCUUUCCACAUCCUUCCCCACCACCAGCCAUUGUAGGACGACUAUUGGUCAAGACAUCCGACAAACAUGACUAGCAACGGCAUCCAGGCAGUUUCCCCCCUCGUCGACGCCUACCCGAAGCGUCUUACCGCCGUGCUUCCACUGGAACUGCAGGAAGAAAUCAUCGACGAGCUCAGCGCGGACCUGCAGAACCUGAAAAAAUGCAGCUUUGUGUGCAAACGGUGGCGUUCGCGCACGUAUUUCCACGCUUUCUCGUCCAUUCGGCUCCAGCAUACCUCCGUGGAGACAUUCAGCUCGUUUCGCGACAACCCUUUCUCAUUCUUCACCAUAUACCCCCGCGCUCGUCGCAUACGUAUUGUGGGUUCGCAUCAACAUCAUGAUGGCGUAUCAUGGAAUUCAUCGCAGCUCGAAGCGCUCGCUGGCGCCUUGCAAGGCCUCAAAGACAUAGGAAAUGCCUCAGUACUAAUCCUCGAGAACACCAAUUGGGAAGCACUAGCCGGAUCGCCUAUCCCAUCCCUAAUGCUGUCCCUCGACACCAUCAGCUCCUUGGAGUUGUCCUAUGUCACUUUUCCGCAGUAUACACACUUUUCCGAACUUGUCGCAGGUUUCACUGCUUUGCGCCAUGUCGUGUUCCAGGACAUUGAGUUCGGAGACUCGCAACCUGUGCUCCAGCGAUUGUUGGCCGAAACAAUCAUGAUGGAUGAUGAAAAAUGCGCCCUUUCAUUUAGAGGGGCAGGGACAUUCCUGAGAAAGAGUCUGCACUGGGUGUGCCAUUCACCGAAGACCGGCGAUGAACUCACUUCAAAAGUCGGCGUCCAUGUUUCGAGGUAUACGGAUCCCUCCGUGAUUUUACGAUUGUUAGGGUCGUCUCUCAAUUAUCUAGAAAUUGUGUCGCUAGCCGACACAUCAUCAGAUACAAUCAUAUCGACCGUGGACCUCUCGUCCAACACCUCCCUUCGAAGGCUUAGCUUGUCCUCGCCUUUCCGUGUGCUCUCCCUCAAUCCAUGGCUAAAUCAUGUGCUCUUGCAAAUAACCUCGCCCUGUCUUCGGGUCCUGGAUAUUGCCUUUGCCGCCUCUCGUCAGUUCCAUUUAGACGAGCCGUUCCUUAAAUAUCUGGACAAGCUGCUGGCUAGCCCCCAAUUCGCCGAGCUCCAGCUGAUCCAGCUCAUCGUGGUGAACGGGAGGCUCUAUCCGGAUCUACGUCUGAGCAUGGACAGUUGUGUCCGCUCGGCUAUGCCAUCCUGGGAUAAGAAGGGAGUUUUGAGGGUUAGUUUUGUUUAGACGAGGAUGCUGAAUGAACCGGCACUGUAGUAUUUACGACCCUUUAACGACUUUCCGAAACUUACGGUAACGGACCUCCAUGAUUCAUGACACAUCCCACUGGACGCUACUACUAACAAAUCAAAUGAACUAAAGACCUAACUUUACCUAUCCGAGCGCAUCUGUACCUUGUUGAAAUGCAAUAUCGGUUACUCAUCCCUCAAGUAACCACCCUCGAUAUUCGGUCG